UCGAAGAACAUUUGAUAACUCCACCUCUUCACCCUCACAUUCUUGUUCUAUCUUCAAUACUUUGAAACCACUUUCGAAACUUUUAAAAACAUAUUCAUAAUGAUAUUCGAAGUUCCAAUUGAUCACUUCCCAGCUUCAUCUCAACAAGUCUCUAAGACUCGUGAGCAUAAGCCACUUCGACUUUCAACAGUUUCACUUCAUUCAAAAGAAGUUAAUGCUGCAGUUGCUCCAUUAAGCCCAUCAGUACGCCGAUCCCAAUUUAAUUUCUCCUCCGAAGUAACAAAGUCUGCCCUUCCAAAGGUUCGAGCAUCAAUUCCACCACUCAAGAGAGCUCUGACAAGUCCAGCUCUACCAGUUCAACACCUGAAUCUCAACCUUGUACGCAAAGGAUCAAACCCAUCAUCUCAAACGAGUCGCAACAAUUCUGUCACUGACCUACUCAAAAGCGAAUUAUUCAAAAUGCCAUCUCGCCUCUUAUCAACAGCAGUUUCCUUGCACCAGCUGGCGUAAACUGUAGCCACAUUACACAUUUUUCAAAACUUAUUUAGUUCCUUCCUUCUUCAUUUUUACCCCCGUUAUCACACCUAACUUAUUUGCCCAUUCCCUUUCUUUCGGGUAAUUUCCAUUCAACUGAAUCUCUCCACUUUCCCCAUAUGGAUCUCCCUGAUUUGAUUUGUAAACCGGUCCCAUCUUGAUGAUCCUCACCGAUUGUUUUCUGAAAAGCUAUAAGCGAAUAUGGAAAUAAUACUACGUGUAUGUUAUUGUUGAUUAAUAUAAUACUGAUGCACAUGAUAAUAAUAAUAGAAAAAUAAAUGAUGUAUCGUUAU